CUGCCCCUGCUGCUCUGCUGCGCUGCUGCCUUGCUCUCCGCAGGUACCGGGAGAGGGGACGACACGGGACCGGGAUGGUCCUGAGGGCACCGGGGGAUGCGGGGAGACCUGGAGAAACAGAUCACGGCGUAGAUGCCACCAGCCUGACGUCUCCAAGAAGCACAGAGACACCCUUGUCACCCUCUCCGUCCAGCUUCAACUCCAACAGUACCUCUCCGUCCAGCAAAACAAACGCAGCGGCAUCAACACCACCUCCACUCAACUCAACAUCUCUGCCUCGGACACAGAGCUCAGUGGCGGCCACAUCUUUAUCUGCCACAGUUGUGACAUUGUCUCCACCAGCACUCGCAUCUUCAUCCGACCCAACUGCAGCACCAUCAUCUCCACCAGCACCCACACCUUCAUCCGACCCAACUGCAGCACCAUCAUCUCCACCAGCACCCAUAUCUUCAUCCAACCCAACCGCAGCACCAUCAUCUCCACCAGCACCCACACCUUCAUCCGACCCAACCGCAGCACCAUCUCUCUCCAUGAGAACAGGCUCAUCAGCACCUCCGACACCUCCAACAUCUCCAUCCAGCAGGACCGCAGCAUCGUCCCCAUCCCACCCAGCCAUGCCCAGCUCCCCAGCCACACGGCAUCCAUCCAGCUCGACAGCAUCGCCAUCCCCACCCUUACCUGCUCCCCCCAGCCCCACUCCCAGCUCUCCUGCACCCACAGCGAGCCCUGGUCCCAGUGACACCAUGGCCACCAGCUCCAGAACGACACCGGCCAUCGGCACCGACCCCACAGCUGACAACUUGGCGCAUCCCCCGGCCAAAACCAACCCCGGCCUGGUGGUCGCCAUCUCUCUCUUCAUCUGCGUGCUGGUGGGGGGAGCGGCGGUGCUGCUGGUGCGGACGUGCCGGCGCGGGACCCCCCGUUUCCAACGCCUGGAUGAGGUACCCAUGAGCAAGGUGACAGAGAGGUCCCCCAUCACGCACUACACCCCCAGGUGACCCCCUCUCCGCGGCCCCCCCCGGGCUGCCCACGCUGCUCAAUAAAAUAACUGCCGCUUCA